UCUCCCGCCCAAUCCAUCACCGCAUACUCUUCUCUUCUCUUCUCUUCUCUUCUUUUCUCUUCCCCGCACAGCAGCACUGCCUCGGUCUCGAGCAAACCAAACCAAACCAAAAUCUCCUGAGUUGUCCUCUACGCGAGCAAGUGUGCCAAUCCUAGGCUCGCUCGCCUGAUCAAUCCUUCGCGUCGCCAGCUUCAUCUCGAGGCGAGGAGGCGGACGAUUUGAACCCAUGGAUAUGGUGCACGAGAGGGACUCGAGCAGCGAGGAGGAGGUGAUGGCCGGCGACCUCCGCCGCGGGCCGUGGACGGUGGAGGAGGACAUCCUGCUCGUCAACUAUAUCGCCGCGCACGGCGAGGGCCGCUGGAACUCGCUCGCCCGAUCAGCAGGUCUGAAGCGCACCGGCAAGAGCUGCCGCCUCAGGUGGCUCAACUACCUCCGCCCCGACCUCCGGCGCGGCAGCAUCACGCCGCAGGAGCAGCUGCUCAUCCUCGAGCUGCACUCGCGGUGGGGCAACCGCUGGUCCAAGAUCGCGCAGCACCUCCCCGGCCGCACCGACAACGAGAUCAAGAACUACUGGCGCACGCGCGUGCAGAAGCACGCCAAGCAGCUCAAGUGCGACGUCAACAGCCAGCAGUUCAAGGACGUCAUGCGCUACCUCUGGAUGCCCCGCCUCGUCGAGCGCAUCCAGGCCGCCGCCACGGCCGACGCGGUGCAGACCGCCGCUGACACGCCCCUGUCGUGGCAGCACGGCGCCGACGACGCGCUCUACGAGUCACCGGAGCUCCCUGUCGAUGCGUGCUGGCCAGCGGAGUACGCCGCCGUGGCCGGCGGGCAGCUGCCCGACGCCUCGGUCGCGGAGCUGUCGAGCACUACUACCGCCGGCUCUUCCUCGCCGUCCACCACCGACUCUGGCGCCGGCGCCCAGCCCAGCUGGCCUGCAGCGGUUGACGGUGCCGAGUGGUUCACCACCGCCUGCGACGCCUCCAGCGCCGCCGCCACCAUGUGCGACACGGACCAGCUGAUCCAGCAGCAGGCACCGUCCCAGCUCGCGGGAACGUGGACGUCCGAGCCGCUGCCGAGCCUCGGGUUUCCCGAGCUGGGCGUCGCGGACUUCGAGAUAGGUAGCUUCGACGUGGACAGCAUCUGGAGCAUGGACGACUUGUGGUACACGCAGCCGCAGUUCGUGUGAAAAGUCAAUACGGUGGCAUGGAAAUCCACAGCCGCGACGGUGCCCGCGGGGCGGCGUGCGGCCUCCGGGUCCGGGGACGCGUAGCAGAUCCAGCGGAGGAAAACGGAUUAGAAGAAGGAGAGGAACCACCUGGGACUGGGAGGAUUAAAACAAGAUUAAUUUACCCUGCACGUGAACAUCUCCCGGCCUGUUCUGCUCCAGUUCUGUGCCGUCCUCUCCUGUGUUAAUUUAUUACUACGUACAAGGGUAAAAAGAUACGUAAAAGUGUAGCAGAAGCAGAUGAUCUAGUGUUAGCUGUGCCGCCGUUAAUUAUGCGAUGUUCCGUUUAAUCUUA